AUGUCUGUCUACAACAAGUUCCCCUCUAGAAGAUCAACGGUAUCGUCUACCAAGGGAAUCGUGGCUCUGAGCCAACCAUUGGCCAAUGCAGUAGGCAUUAAAGUAUUGGAACAAGGUGGUAAUUGUGUGGAUGCUGCUAUAGCGAUUCUGGCAGCAUUAUGUGUCCUUGAACCAAUGUCUACUGGUAUUGGUGGUGAUUGCUUUGCAUUGGUUUAUAAGAAGGACUCCCAAUCAGUUUAUGGUUUGAAUGGUUCAGGUAGAUGUGCCAAGGAGUUGAAUAUUCAACAUAUAAAGUCCUGUUUGGGAGACAUUAAUAGACUUCCUAUAUUAUCACCAUUUUGUAUAACUGUUCCUGGCUCUAUAAGGGCUUGGUAUGAUGCUUAUAAGGAAUGGGGGUCUGGUAAUAUAGAAUGGAGUGUAUUAUUUCUGUAUGCUAUUGAAUUUGCUGAGAAUGGGUUCCCCGUACUGGCUAUAUGUGCUGAAAUGUGGAAGAGAGCUGUUAAGAAACUCAUAAUCCAGAAUCCUAAUUUGAAGAAGGGGAAUAAUCCAUUCUUAAUUUAUGAUGAAACAAAUGAUACAGUGAGAUCACCAAUUGAAGGUGAGAUUAUGAAGAAUUUGGACUUUGCUAAUACUUUGAAGAUUAUAGCAGAGAAGGGGACAGAUGGGUUUUAUAAAGAUUUAAUUGCGAACGAGAUUGUUAAUCAUUUAACAUUGCUUGAGCAUAAACUAUCUUUAGAGGAUUUAUCUAAUCAUGAAUCAACUAUAGUUAAGCCACUUAAAGUUACAUUUAUGAAUGAAUAUAAUGUUUGGGAAAUACCUCCUAACGGUCAAGGAUUAGUGGCAUUAAUGGCUCUUGGAAUCAUUGAAGAAUUACAUAACAAUGGUACUGUUGAUUUGUAUUCAUUGGAACAUAAUAGUGCCAGGUUUUUCCAUUUACUUAUUGAAGUAUUUAAAAUAUCCUUCUAUGAAGCCAACAAUUAUGUUACUGAUUCAUUACACGCGGACUAUGAGAUUAAAGACAUUCUUAAUAAGGGAUUCUUUAAAGAGAAGGCUAAAAUUUUUAAAUGGAAUAAAAUAUUGGACGCUUCAAUUGGUAUACCAGAUCCAAGACUAAAGAGUGAUACGGUUUAUUUUUCAGUUACUGAUUCUAAUGGUGAUGCAUGUUCAUUUAUUAAUUCAGUUUAUGAACAGUUUGGUAGUGGAAUUGUUGUUCCAGGCUAUGGCUUUGCAUUACAAAACAGAGGAGCAUCUUUUAACUUGUCACCAGGCUUAAUUAAUAGUUUGGAAGGUGGAAAACGUCCAUAUCAUACUAUUAUUCCUGGGAUGAUCACUAAUAACAUAACUAAUGAUCUUUAUGCUUCUUUUGGUAAUAUGGGUGGUUAUAUGCAACCGUUAGGUCAUGUUUUACAUGUCUUAAACAUGACUAUUUAUGGAUUAAACCCACAAGAAUCAAUUGACUCUCCAAGAUUCUGCUUAGAAGCUGAUAAAACAAGUCCUUCUAGCGUUGAUACUGGAUUAGGAAGUGAUUCCCCCGUUUCUACUACCAAAACAAUCGUCUCGUUGGAAGAAGGCAUAUCUGAAGACGUUGUACUUCAAUUGAAGGAUUGGGGUCAUACGGUUAGAGUUCUCUGUGGAUUUGAUAGAGAAACAUUUGGUAGAGCUCAAAUAAUUAAAAGUACUUACCAAAAUAGUCAAUUGGUAUACAAUGCAGGUUCAGAUCCAAGAGGUGAUGGGGCUGCUGUUCCAUUGAUUUAA